AGAUUUUCCGAAUGACAACACGCAUGCUCCAAAAUGGCGUCGUUCCUGUUUCGUCAGGUACUUGCCGCGAAAAAUGGGCCUGGCACUCAAAAACUAUUCGUUAACAUAUCCAAAGAACUGCUUUAUUGCAAUCGGAGAUCAUUUUCCUUCUCUGUUGCGAGGUUUGCACAACCUCCAGGCCAGAAGAAAACAUUUUCGAGAGAGAAACCUCACAUAAAUAUUGGGACGAUCGGCCAUGUGGACCACGGUAAAACAACCUUGACAGCGGCGAUCACAAAAGUCCUGUCCGAGGAAGCCAAAGCUGACAUGAAACGAUAUGAAGACAUCGAUAAUGCCCCUGAAGAAAAAGCCAGAGGAAUUACAAUCAAUGCAGCGUUGGUGGAAUACGAAACCAACACUCGUCAUUAUGGUCAUGUCGACUGUCCGGGACACGCUGAUUACAUAAAGAACAUGAUCACAGGAACAGCUCAAAUGGACGGUGCCAUCUUAGUUGUCGCAGCAACUGACGGAACCAUGCCACAAACUAGAGAACACAUGCUGCUUGCUAAACAGAUUGGUAUACAGAGGGUUGUUGUCUUCAUCAACAAGGCCGAUGCCGCUGACGAAGAAAUGUUGGAACUUGUUGAAAUGGAGGUACGAGAACUACUGACAGAGAUGGGAUAUGAUGGUGACGGUACUCCUGUUGUCAUUGGGUCUGCUCUGUGCGCUUUAGAUGGCGUUAAGCCUGAAAUUGGAGCUGAGAAGAUUAGGAAGCUACUUGAAAAUGUUGACAGUUACAUCCCUAACCCUUCUAGGGAGCUUGAAAAACCCUUCUUUUUGCCCAUUGACUCUGUGUUUUCUAUUGCUGGUAGAGGAACAGUAGUUUCGGGAAAGCUUGAAAGGGGUAUUAUCAAAAAGGGUGAUGAAUGUGAGUUGAUUGGCUAUGAUAAAGUCUUGAAAACAACAGUCACUGGCAUUGAGAUGUUUCACAAGAACUUGGAUCGUUCCGAAGCCGGAGAUCAGGUUGGGGCUUUGAUAAGAAGUGUUAAACGUGAUGACCUGAAGAGAGGUUAUGUGCUAGCCAAACCAGGGACAGUGAAACAGCAUAACAGAUUUGAAUCGCAAAUCUACCUGUUGAGCAAAGAUGAAGGUGGGAGUGCAAAACCCUUUACCGAUUUCUUCCAGGCCCAAAUGUUUUGUACAACAUGGGAUGCUCCAGCUUCACUGAAAAUCCCAGACAAAGAUAUGGUCAUGCCUGGGGAAGAUGCUAAGGUUAUUUUUAACCUAAAGAAAAAGAUGGUUAUGGAAAAGGGUCAGCGCUUUACCAUCAGAGAUGGAAGAGGAACACUGGGAUAUGGUGUUGUUACAAACAUCAUGCCUGAUGUUGAUGUUGAAGCCUACGAAGCGGAACGCAUGCUUAAGAGAAAGGAACAGAAGAAGUCGAAGACAACAUAGCUUUAUGUGAAUAGAUACCAUUGUCAAUCAUGUUGAGAGAUUUGUAGUGCAUCAUGUGCAGAACAGUUGUGUGCCAAUUAUGAGUUAAACUUUUGAGCAAAGGACCUUUCAGAAAAUUCUAGUUAUCACUUUGUUGAAAAGAUGUCAUCAUAUCUUGCAAUGAUAGUCUGAGGUGUCUUAUUUAGUUUUCUUGGUAUGACCGAAGUCAUGACCGAAGUAUGACCGAAGUGUAUGGUGUACGAGAUAAGUCAACAUUUCACUAUUAUUCUUUGAUGAAAAUUGUGCUAAAUAAACCAGAAGUGUCUGAAAAUGUGAA